CUUAAAAUGUCAAAGUUUUUAUUCGUGCCCGUGUUUGAAAUUGAAAUUGUAUCUUAAAUAAAUAAUAAUCAAUUUAAAUCUUAUUUAUUGUGAAUAAAAAUUCAACUUUAUAUAAAAUAGCAGAACUUAUUAUAUAAGUUAAUUGAUAAUAUUCUGCAAGUUGGAUACAUAUCAUGUCUGACGACGAGACUCCGCCAAAGCAUAUAAAGACACCAAUGUCUGACGAUGAGGAUAUUGAACCGCCUGCCUUCAGUCCAGCUACACUUGGUCUACAUCGGGUUGGUACCUUGCCACCGAAACCGCAGCCUUCUCAGCCAAUUCAAAUGUUAAACGCUCGUGGAAUGCCAGCACGGGUGAGAAAACGUAAUCGUCUCUUCUUUGACGAUGAACUUAUCAAUGAUAACAAAGCUCUUGGUGUAAAUCUAUCGCCUCGUAAACAACAACAAACUGGUAUUAUAUCGAAGCCAAGUUCGCCAGUUAAAACUCCCUCAAAAGGCGUAUUGAAAAAGAGAAAAACUAUUGGUGGUACUCGCUUUGUACGCUACGAAGAAAAACAAACGCCCGAAAAACGAUCGCCUAGCAAAUUCUUUUCGUCUCCGACAGCCUCCACAUCACGCAAUGCACUGAUACCGGCCGAUAAGCGGAUGGGCCAGCAAAUCGGUUUACGUUUACGUAAUUUGUUAAAACUACCGAAGGCCCAUAAAUGGGUAAUAUUUGAAUGGUUCUACUCAUUUGUGGAUAAACCCCUUUUCGAGGGUGAAAAUGAGUUCCAAAUUUGUUUAAACGAAUCGUUUCCCAAUCUGAAAACACGUCAGCUUACACGCGCCGAAUGGCAGAAAAUGAGAUCGCUGAUGGGGAAGCCGCGUCGAUGUUCUCAGGCUUUUUUCGAAGAAGAACGUCGUGAGCUGGAGCGUAAAAGACAGAAAAUACGCUUUCUCCAGACGCGGAAGCAAGCCGGUGACAUAAAUAAUUUUGUUCGUGAUCUGCCCGAUAAGAUUCCAUUACCCUUGCCUGUGGGAACAAAAGUCACUGCGCGUCUUCGUGUUCCACAAGAUGGGAUUUUCAGUGGGAGCGUGGACGCUUUCGACUCUCUUAGCUCUACUUAUCGCGUUUCUUUCGAUCGAAACGGAUUGGGCACACACUCAAUUCCAGAUUUUGAAAUUGUGUCAGAUAACUUUGAUGAAAUGUUACCAUUGAACAGCCUCAUGCAAGACUUCCGACCACGCUAUCUUAAUGGCAAUUUAAUACACAGUCCAUCAAGAAGUCGAAACUCUUUGAACCGCAGCGAUCCGUUGCUGGGACAACAGCAAUACGAUAGCCCAUUCAAGAAUCCAGUCAUUGAACGAGACACAAUCGGCGGUUUUCCGGUGAAACUGUUAGAAACAAUAGUUCGAUUGAAAAGAGCAAUAGCCGUAAAGAAAUCAAAGCUUAAUCGGUUGAGAGACAUGAACGCCGAAGCAGAGAUCAAAAAUGCCGCCGCAGCAGCAUCGUCAUCAUCAUCCGCUGGAGAGCACAAUCUGUCGGAGGAAUUCCAGCGUCGGUACGCCAGCAUUGUGAUAUCCAUGGAGAAGAUGAAUCGCGACAUGCAAGAAUAUUUAAAUGGCAUACAAAGUUUUGCCAGUGACCUAACUCGCGAUCCCCAAGUGCAGGCAAUGCUGGCACCGUCUUACUUGAGAGAAAAAUGCCGUGAGUCAGCUGAUGAUUCGGUGCUACGCAAUAACCAAGGGACUGUUCAGGACCAUCAAGUUCUGCGCUUGAUUAAAAAUCUGGCCACCGUUCUCCUUGUUGCUUCACAUUUGAGCAGUGAUUCGAAUUCUCAAGUCACCAGAGUACUCGAGGGUUGUAUUGAAGAGGUGAAAGCAGGCUUAUUGGAUAGCGACAAUGUCGAAGUAUUUCAAAAACACGUUCAAAUCCAUUUGCAUCAUAUUCGUCUCGGCAUCGGCCAAUUGGCUAUGACUCCCAGCAGGAACGCACACAACGCUACUAUGACGGGCCCCACAGCAGGGACUAGUGACGAAUCUGGACGAAGCACGCCAGUUUAAUUAAUUACCUAAUAUAACCCUCUAAUCUUACUUUGUAUAUUCAAAUUUCAUGAAUUAAAUAAUUUUUUUUUCCAAA